GGGGCGCGGGCAGAGCGGAGCCGGAGAGCGCGGCCCCGUGCGCAGCCGCUGCCCCGCGCACCCACAUCUGCCGCCUGCUGUGCCCGGAUCCCAUGUUCCGCUCACGCCGCGCCGGGCUGGUGAGGCGUCUGUGGCGGCAGCGCUGCGCGGCCGCCGGCCCCGAGGACGGCCCCGGUGCGCUCAAACCGGCGGCUCAUGCCCUGUUCAAGAAGCUGAAGGACGAGGAGCUAGAGCUGCUGGUGCAGGCGGUGGAGAGCCGGGGCGCCUGCGAGUCCGGCUGCGUGUGGGCGCCGCGGGGGGAGCCCCGGGGAGGGGCCAAGCAGGCGCUGCCCCCCCAGGUCCUGCUCUGCCGCCUGUACCGCUGGCCCGACCUGCGGCAGCCCCAUGAGCUCAAGCACCUCUGCUACUGCGCCGGGGGCCGGGCGGGUUGCGGGGACGCGGCCGCGCUCUGCUGCAACCCGCAUCACUUCAGCCGCUUGGCUGCGCCCGAGACCCCACCGCCCCCCUACUCGAAGGUGUCCUGCGGUCCCUCCUGGCCGGAUGAGCCCCCGUUCCCCGGCACCCAGCUCCUGGAGUUCAGCUACAACGGUGGGCACUGGCGUGCAGACACCAGCCUCUCGCGGAGCACCAUUAAGGACGGCUACUGGUGCAAACUGGCUUACUGGGAGCACCGCACGCGUGUGGGCCGCCUCUACGCCGUGCACGAGGCGUCGGUGAACGUGUUCUGCGAGCUGCCGCGGGGCAGCGGGUUCUGCCUGGGGCAGUUACCGGCUGCUCACCGCAGCCGGGCCGUGCGGCGGGCGCGGGGCAAGAUCGGCCGGGGGCUGCUGCUGAGCCGGGAGCCGGGCGGCGUGUGGGCCUACAACCGCAGCGAGCACCCUAUCUUCGUCAGCUCGCCCACCCUGGGCCCCCCCGGUGCCCACGGGCUCCCCGUCCUCAAGGUGCUGCCCGGUUACUCGGCCAAGGUGUUCGACUACGAGCGGGUGGGGGGCGCGGGGGGCCGGCGGCUCCCUGGGGAGGGCCCCUGUGACCCCCACAGCGUCCGCAUCAGCUUUGCCAAGGGCUGGGGGCCCUGCUACUCCCGGCAGUUCAUCACCUCCUGCCCCUGCUGGCUCGAGGUCCUGCUGAACCGGCCGCGCUGAGGGGUUGCAGGGGAGGCUGCCAGGGAGACCCUCCCCAAAGCGGUUUGCAAAGGGGAGCAUGAGCUGGGGGGACCCUCCACUGCCCCCCAGCCUCUCCCUGCAGUGCGGCUGUCCUGGCCCAGGGCACUCUCUGCCCCAGCCUCGGGGGGGGACCAGUGCCCCCAGUGCCUGGCCCCCACUGCCCUGGCCCCAGAGCUCUCAUUGGCGCAGGGCACUAUUUAAUCUCUUUCUCUCUUUUUAAUUUUAUUUUAAUGGUUAAAUUUAUUUUAAUUUAUCUUAUUUUUGUAAAGAAAGCAAAGCUCGAUGCAGGAUCCCCCCCAUUCCCCCUCCGCAGUGCGGCCCCCCGGGGGAGGGUGGCAGCACAGGGUGGGCAGGAACUGGGGGCUGCAGGAGAGGGAGAUGGGGCAGAGGCCCGAGCAAUGGAGGGGGGGCUGAGGCCAUGGCAGGCAGGGAGCACAGCUGGAUGGUGUGGGGCAGGUUGUAGGGCUGGUGAGCAGAGCAGGAUGGUGUGGGGCAGGUUGUGGGCAGGUGAGCACGCAGCUGGAUGGGUGCUGGGGCAGGUUGUGAGGCAGGUGAGCACAGCCAGAUGGUUUGGGGCACGUUAUGGGGCAGGUGGGCACAUCUGGAUGAGUGUGGGGCAGGUUGUGGGGCAGGUGAGCACAGCUGGAUGGGUGUGGGGCAGGGUGUGGGGCAGGUGAGCACAGCUGGAUGGUGUGGGGCAGGUUGUGGGGCUGGUGAGCACAGCUGGAUGGUGUGGGGCAGGUGAGCACAGCUGGAUGGUGUGGGGCAGGUUGUGGGGCUGGUGAGCACAGCUGGAUGGUGUGGGGCUGGUGAGCACAGCUGGAUGGUGUAGGGCUGGCGAGCACAGCUGGAUGGUGUGGGGCGGGUGCUGGGGCCGGUGCCCGGUCCGGGACAUGCCGGUAUUUGUAACCCAAAUAAACGGUGCCGUCGGCACCAAAGACCCUC